AUGGCUGAUGCUGAGGAUAAUGUUUCAAUUCCUCAGUUCAACUCCCUUCUACAAAUGGAUCCCUACCUCAAAGCAUAUGAGAAGGACUUCAAGAGGAGGUAUGGGCUGUUCCAGAAACAGCUCUGUCUCCUUGAGGAGGCUGAGGGGGGCUUUGAUCAGUUCACGCGCAGCUAUAAGACCUUCGGUGUACAACGACUGCCUGACAACAGCAUGAUCUUUAGGGAGUGGGCCCCAGCGGCUGAAGCCCUCUUUCUCACUGGAGACUUCAAUGGCUGGAACAAGUUCUCACACCCUUACCAGAGGAUGGAGUUUGGGAAAUGGGAGCUUCACAUCCCACGAAAAGAAGAUCACUCACCAGCUGUUCCCCAUCUCUCCAAACUGAAGGUAGUUGUUCACACCCCAGCAGGUGAACGGCUGUACCGGAUCUCACCUUGGGCCAAGUAUGUGACCAAGGAUGAGUCCUCUGUCAUCUAUGACUGGGUGCACUGGGACCCUCCGGAACCCUAUUUUCACCGAAGCCCUCGGCCAAAGAAGCCGAAAAGUCUGCGUGUUUAUGAGUCCCACGUUGGCAUUGCUUCGCCUGAGGGAAAAGUGGCAUCGUACACUAAUUUCACGUACAAUGUGCUUCCACGAAUAAAAGAUCUUGGCUACAAUUGUAUUCAGCUGAUGGCAAUCAUGGAGCAUGCCUAUUAUGCUAGCUUUGGUUACCAAGUCACGAGUUUCUUCGCCGCAUCCAGUCGGUACGGCACACCCGAGGAGCUGAAGGAGCUGAUCGAUACGGCGCAUUCGAUGGGCAUCAUCGUGCUGCUCGACGUCGUGCACAGCCACGCCUCCAAGAACACCGAGGACGGCCUGAACCGUUUCGACGGCUCCGACUCGUGCUUCUUCCACGGCGGGCCACGUGGGGAGCAUAAGCAGUGGGACAGUCGCCUCUUCAACUAUUCCAGUUGGGAGGUUUUGCGAUUUCUCCUCUCUAACUUGCGUUGGUGGAUGGAGGAAUAUCGUUUUGACGGAUUCAGAUUCGACGGGGUGACGUCCAUGCUUUACCAUCAUCACGGCCUUGGUGUGGGCUUCAGUGGAGAUUACUCAGAGUACUUUGGUCUUCAGGUGGAUGAGGACUCUUUGCUUUACCUCAUGUUAGCAAACCACAUUCUACACAGACUUUAUGAGGACUGCAUCACAAUCGCUGAGGAUGUGUCAGGAAUGCCCGCAAUGUGUCGUCCAGUGGAGGAGGGAGGCUGCGGUUUCGACUAUCGUCUAGCGAUGGCUGUUCCAGACAAGUGGAUUCAGAUCUUGAAGGAGUUGAAAGACGAGGACUGGAACAUGGGGAACAUUGUGUAUACGCUGACCAAUAGACGCUACAGCGAGAAGUGCAUUGCAUAUGCAGAGAGUCAUGACCAGGCUCUGGUAGGAGACAAAUCCCUAGCGUUCUGGCUAAUGGACAAAGAGAUGUACACCAAUAUGAGCGCCCUUAUUCCCAUGAGCCCCGUCAUUGACCGCGGCAUUCAGCUGCACAAGAUGAUCCGUCUCCUCACCCAUGGCCUGGGAGGGGAAGGUUACCUCAACUUCAUGGGUAAUGAGUUUGGCCAUCCCGAAUGGCUCGACUUUCCCCGAAAAGGAAACAACGAGAGCUACCACUACGCCCGACGCCAGUUCAACCUGAUAGACACGGAUCACCUGCGGUACCGCCAGCUGUACGCAUUCGACCGAGACAUGAACCGCACUGAGGACAAGUAUGGCUGGUUGGCUGCCCCCCCUGCUUUUGUUAGUGCUAAGCAUGAAGGGGACAAGGUGAUCAUCUUCGAGAGAGCUAACGUUAUCUUCGCUUUUAAUUUUCAUCCUACCAAGAGCUACAGCAACUACAGGGUGGCCGCGGGACCCCCGGGAAAAUACAAGAUCAAACUUGAUUCUGAUGAGGUUCAGUACGGUGGCCAUGGAAGACUGGACCAUAACACUGAGUUCUUCACCGAGCCCGUCCCUCACAAUGGGAAACCCAACUCUAUGCAGGUUUACAUUCCCUGCAGGACAGCUAUUGUUCUGGCCAACGAAGAAAUCGAUUACUGCUACUGAAACACAAUCAGUGUUGUGAAGAAGGAAGGCAACCGAGAGUCCCUCGUUUCUUCACUUUACCUCCUCUCAUACGUGCCAGCCAUGCACCUCACACGAGCCUUGUAUUGCUUUUCACUAUCCUAAGAGGAUCAGGAAUGUGUCUGUUUAAGAGUUUGUACGUGUUGACUGAAUGGUCAGGUUUAACAUACAGUAUGGAAAAUACCAGUGCAAUCGGACGGUUGCUCCAUCCAGCUCCAAUUUCAGCCUCUCGCAGAUAUAACUGUGGUGUGUUAUGAAUCCAAUAUGUAAUCAGUCCACGUCGUAUCUUAUUUUAGUUUGUGCUUCACAUUAUACAAUGCUUAGCGGCUGUGUGUUUCUAGAACUGUCUUCGGAGACCAUGUGACCUGUUUGCCCAGUGGGAUAUAUCACUAAUAUUAGAACUACUGAAAUGGCCCCUCACCACUACCCAGACCAUCUGUAUGCACAGUGUCUAUAUCAUGACACAUUUGUGUUAAUUAUAGAAAUGUAAAGUCGAGUAAGGUCAGUAUUAGACACAGUGUUGUUUCAAUCAGUUACAUUAUUUAUGUAUUCAAAUAACUGAAUUAUGUAUGCAAAAUAAUUUCAAAAAUAUUGUUACAGCAUAGAAAUUAAGUGGCUAGAUUUAGAUUUGGGUUUUUUUUUUUUUUUAAUAUGCUAUUUAAUUUGAAAAGACACAAGCACUUUGUGACAAGAUUUUGCAGCUUAUAGUAUAUAAGUAUUUAUAUACUAACAGUGUUUUUUUUUUUAUUACACUUGAAAACCCAUUUACUGCUUCAGAGAUCUGAAUUCGAAUGGAAUGAAAUUUCACAAGGUAUAUUCAGCAAGUAACCUUGUUGAAAUCACCGCUCAAAAAACCAAAUUUUUUCAGGCCGUUUACCUGUUCUAGUAACUUUUGCUACUGUGUCAAGCAUAUCUGUCCAAAUAAUAGCUUCUCGAACGCAUUUUGCAUUUUAAAUUAAUUUACGUUGCAGAUACAUAUUUUGUAUGUGGGAGAAAUGAGUGUGUUCAAUUAAACAGCUACAGGGACUGUAGUUAGUAUUCAGAUUUCUUUCAUGCAAAUCUUAUUCAAGCACGGUUAAGCACUGUGAAUUAUAAAAAUAGGCAGCAGACAGUCUGUACCAUAAAAUUAUUAGGCUCCCAAUUAAUAUUGGUCUGCCUUAUAGAACUGAUAGAUAGUUGGCCCACAACAACAUAUCAGUGAUAUUUCUCAUUACCCUCAAGUAGCAGCUUGAAGAUAGUGUUGUCCUACUUUGGAGGCUUUUACAGCAAAUUGUCCACCUCAAGAAACUCUUAUUCUGUUCCCUCCUGCUCUCUGUAGCAGCUCUUCUUUCUCCGCUUUGUGGUUUGAAGAAGAUUAAUUUGGCCUAGAAAAUUAAAUGGUUACAUAGCAAUAAUUAGAUGCAGCUGUCCUCACUUUCAUGAUUUAAAAGUUAAUUGAGACACAGGUUAAUGGGUUGAAUGUGGAUCUUUUCCCCUGAUCUUCCGCAUUCUACUUGGGUGGCAAAGAUUUUGAUGUAACAUCUUAUCUGAAAUUCAAAGUGCAGUGAACAUGUGUGGGUUUGUACAAAAUAAAUCAAUAAACAGAGAGAUAGAUAAGGAUAGAGUCCAGCGCAAGUGACAUUAAAUACUGCAUUGUAUUUUCCUUAUGGUGGUUCUCACGUCCAUACUUGUAAGUUGAUGUCACUUGCUAUUUUGUGGUAAAAUGCUCAACAAAUGAAAAUAAAUCCACUGAACCCUG